AAUAGUAGCAGUGGGGGUUUUUUUGGGGUUUUUUUUUUAUCAUUUGAAUAAAGUAAAAGUCAAUUCUGAGUUCAUACAGUUCUAACAAGCUUGAAACUCAAUACUUGGUAUGAGCCAUCCUUAAGAUGGACCAACUGAAGGGAAAAAUCUUCUCUCACGUCUUGUCAGGUCUUUGCUAGAUUUUUUUUUUCUUCUGUUUCUUAAUCACAUAGAUGUGUGCAGGUUUUGGCCAACAGUUCUUUGGGAAUCCCCUUGUUGGUGCAAACAUGCUAGUUUGUGCCUGUCACACUUUAAUCUUUACCAUUUUCUACAGAUUCAACUUAACAAAUAGUUACUACCAGCCUCUUAUAACACCUACUUUAUUCCAAAGUGGCUAAAUAUAGAACUUGGUUCUUUGUUUGUUAUGUGCAGACACAACACUGGUGCCUUUUUUUAAUGCAUGGAUGAUUCAUGGGUCAGGGUUAAGUGGCUUAAAAAAAGAAAAACAUUCCUGUGAAAAUGGACGGGUACAAGAACUGGACUGAAAAUGAAUGAAAAAGCAGCCAAUGUCCAAAGAAAACUGAAAGAUUUCCAGAAAAUGGCCUUCAGAAAGUAUUUUUUCAGACCACUAUAAGAAAGGUUUGGCUCCCUGGAAAGAAAAAAAAAACUAUAAUUGACACUUUUACGCAGUACUGUGUAACAAGACGAGAAACACGAGCACCCUUAAAUAAAUGCCCUGCAAGUUAAACAGUUAUCCAGUGCUCCUAAAAGUCCAUUUAGUUCAUAUAUUUGCUCUGUACAUGUGUUUCAGGAUGAAAAGAGUGCUUUCUGCCUGUACUGGUCUUGUAUGCCCUGCAGAGACAGGCUGUAAUCAGCAGGAACGUAAUUAGAGAGUAUUCAGUGCAGGCCAAAAAAAAGUUGUGGAACUCGCCCCACCAAGAAUAGAAAACCCUUUUCCGAAGAACUUGGGACUAACAUGCACCAACUGCAACAUAUUUGUUUUAAAGAUAAACACUGAGGCUAAGGUUGUAUCUGUCAGUCAGACUGUGAAUGGACGAGCACAUACUGUGGCAAAUUAGCCUUUCGUUGCAAAUAAAGACUGUUUCUAUUUGUAGAGCAUCCCGCGUAUCUUUUGUCCUGUUAGUGUGAAGUAUCACCAUGCUCAGAUCAAAUGUUUCUCAAAAAAACAUAUGUAUGAUAAAAAAAUCUGGUCCCACAUGGCCGGCUACAUGAACUUACCAAGAGUUAGGCUGUUGGAGGAUAGAAAGUUCAGAAAGAAAAAGAGGGAGGAGAACCUGAAGAUGGAGGGCUGGACAUGAGUUUGAGGUGAGGAUACUUUUAAGAGCUCAGUAAAACAAGUCGGCACAAGUCAGCAGGGAGGGCGAAUCCUCGGAAACGGUCUUCCACUCUUACUUUCUCGUCUGUCCGUCUUGUCUUGUCUCCCCCUUUUCCUCCCUCUUUCUGCAGUCUUACUCACUGCUUUGUGCUGCACAGAAGAGAAGCCGAGGCUAGCACAUCCUGACUCAAAGAGAAGAUGAAGUCUCACUUGGUGUUUCAGGUCUCCUGUGUGACCCUGCUCUCGCUGUGCUGCUCUGUGUGUCACGCCACACCUCUGUUCUACAACAUAUCCAUGGACGGCAGCGGAGAUGAAGCCGAGCUGGAGCUCCUUUUCCCGGUGUCUUUCUCCACCCGCGCACCUGUUCACGUUACCGCCGCUACCGGGGGUCCCACUCUCACCAACACCAUAACCACCACCAUGAUCCGUCUGAAGGACUACGUCCUGACCCGAGUAGUGGACUUCCUGCAGGAGAACAUGCUCAUCAUCAUCGUGGUGACCUCUCUUCUCAUCGUCAUGGUCUUCAUCAUCUGCUGUGCCUCUGCAAUGAGUCACAAGCGCAAGCUGGAGGCAUAUAAGCCCCUACCUCAUCCACCCAGGAAGUAUACGGCCGAUAAAGCCGGAGGACGCAGGGAUUCAAGUGACCUGCAGGAGAAACCGUACGCCGUCGAUCACGUCAAGAGGGUCCAGACUCAGAGCAUGUCCUCCCCGAAGAACCUGCGGAUGCCCUCCAAGGCGCUGGUGGGAGAGAGAGGGAGAGACGUCCGGUCAUCACCUCGACAGGAGGUCAGAAAGGUCAGAGAUACAGAGGCAGUGGAAAAGCGGAGAGAGGAACCAAAACACAAAGAGAAGGUGAAGCACAGGGAGGAGGUUCAGCAGAGCUCCAGUCCCAGCACCAGCUCCAGCUCUAGCUCCAGUCAGCCAGUCUGCACCUGCCAUCUGAAAAAAGGCCACCACUAGGUCACAGUGGUGGGCUUUU